AUGGACCGCCUGUGCACCACACUGCUCGUGUGUACUCUCCUCCUGGGACUGCUAAGCCUUGCAGGGGGCAGGGAGAAGCGCAGCGUGCCAAAUUGGGCCUUGACAUCCUCGGACUUCUUCGGCUGGAUGGAGUACCUGCGCGCCCACGCCGCCUAUGACAAAAUGGAAGACCUGGCCAGGACAUUCUGGGCUCAUUUUCCAUCUGCCAGCGAUUUGGGCUAUGAGACCUCAGAGCUGGAGUAGUGACGGUUUGAGGCCCCCGCGUUCCGAAAUCUCGGCCUUCGUAGCUGUACCAGGUCUGUUGCCAAUCCCCGCAUCUUUUCCACACGGCACAGGGAGGUCGGACAUCCCUUCGCUAUAGCCUUGGGGGACAUCUCCCAACGGAGAGCUAUACAAUUCACUUGAGGCAACCUACGCAGGCCCACA